CAGGGUGACCUGAGGUGGCCGUCCCAGGGUUGCAGAGGUUCUAGUAACUCUGAAUGGGUGGGGAACUGGGAAGGAGAAGUUAGUCUCACUGAAGCAAAGCCCCCGGGAGCCGGGCUUGCUCCUGGAUCUCAUUUUUCACAUGUCUCCUGCACUCUCACUACUAGCCCUGUAAGAGGAAAGGAGGUGCUUCCUGUUAUUCUGAUUCAAAUCUCAAGCUGGUCACAGGAGAGAAGCAGACUGUCUAUGCUUCAGAGUGGCAGGCUGUACAAGAUGGAUGGACGAGCUCUGCUCUUGAAACUAGUUUUGCUGGUUUCCACAGUGGUUAUUACACUUCAUGCUUAUUCUGGGACAACAGUAUCUCCCCAAAGUGCUACCUUCUCUUUCAAAAGUCUAAAUCGUACACUUCAGGAAAUUAAAGAUUUGGCAUACAAAUACAGACAGUGUUGGGAUUUGUUUGCUGAGCAGAUGGCCAAUAUCAAUAAAAUAUAUUGGUGUGAGUGGAGGACUAUUCGCAGGCCAUACAGUCACCUGAGAAAAUGCCUGGAAAGUGAAGCUGAUAAACUGGAGCUUGACUACCCCAAUUCCAUGGCUGAGGAAUACAUCAUCAUCACCCACCAUAACUACUUCCUCAAUUGCACCCUGAAGAAUCAACCUCUCCAGGACCCUCCUGAAAAUAUUUUGCUGGCUCUCAUUAUAACCCCCAUCUGCCUUAUUCCUUUCUUGGUUGCUCUUGUUGUAUUGAAGAGCAAAGAUGGUGAGAUGCAAUUGUGAAUCCUGAUCUUUAUAAGGUGAUGUGAUAGGGCCUCCAUGGCCUAAGUGGUAUAAUUACAACACUCAGUUCAAUUCUUGGGUAUUAUGAAAUUCACCCUACCCAAUCUAAGAACAUUAUAUAGCAUGAGCCACUGCACUGGAGACUAUUGAUUGAAGUGUUGCAUAAGGGGACUUUGUACUAAAAGAAGGGUCAUAAACAACAAAAUCAAACCUCCGUCACCAAGGCAAAUGCUGAUGUAUUUAUGUCUCAGUUAUAAUUUGAUUUAAUAUUACUGCUUCUCUUAUUCUGAACGAAUUAUGGGAACUAUAGACUUGGGAGACACCAAGGCAGUGAAAGAUUUUAGGGUGGAUAUAGAUAGGCCAAACAAACUAUAUGUGAUUUUUUUUUCCUUUAGAAAGAAAAUGGUAAGUGCCCGUAUGCCCUUCUUUUUGCAUACUGAUAUCUUUGUCCUUUUACCCAAAUUCUCAUCCAACACUUACAAAUGUCAGAUAAUAAUGCCCAGUGGUGGGAUUCAGCCAGUUCACACCAGUUCGGCAGAACUGGUAGCUAAUUUUUUGUUGCCUAGGCCCAGAAUGGACUUCUGGAAGCAGCAUCCAUACAGAGAACCAGUUCUUCAUAUAUUUGAAUCCCACUACUGGUAAUGCCCUAUAAAAUAGUGUGUUUCCAUGUAGGCAAAAUAUUAGGAUAAUGUUCCUUGUCUUUGUCCCUAUUAAGAUUGUCUCUAUGGACAAACUCUGACCAUCCCACAUGUGGAUUUCCUUUUGUAAGUAAUUUGGACUAACUGGAGAUGGAAUGACAUCUGCCCUUACUGCCGUCUUUUCAGUUACAAGGUUCACUUACUCUACUUACUCUCACCCCAAAAUUUGCUCAACAUGCAGGAGAUAACACCGUGGAAUUAUAUUCAACUGCAUUUCUCUCCUUCAGCAAGAUGGAAUAGAGAAAAUACAGAAAGUACCUGCUAAAUGGAUCAAGAAAAUGAAUUGAAAGUUGGUCUAAGUUUAGCAAAAAGAAUUAUGAGGGACAUUCAUGGCAAAAGUUAAUUAAAUAGUGAAUAGUUAGCAGACAUGACAAUCUAGAAGAGUUCAACAUAGUCACAGUUUGGUCAUUGUGUGAUAUUCUUGUAACUGUUUUUAAAAUGCAAUGCAAUUACAUUUUUCUAUAUUAGUAGCAUAGUACUAUUGAGACAAUCUAGAGCUAUUGGCUCUUUCUCUAUUAACUUCCCCUUUGCAUCCUCUUUUUUUUCCUCUCUAACAUUUUAGUAGUAAUAUUGAUUUUAACAAACCCCAACAACAUAAUACUAUUGCUUGAUCAUGGUGCUCUAACAUAAACCCUAGAAGCUACAUACUUUUUCAUAAAAGCAACUUCCCUUCCAUUAUGUGUACUGCAAAGGAACUCAUUUAGAUCAGUUCAAAAAUUAUGUUCAAUAUUUUGGGGGAUUGAAGAUGUAAGGAGCACUAAAAUUUCUACAGUUCUUCAAUGCUUCUUACCUUUCACCUUGAUAACCUCUGUAAUGCCUCCUUUUUUGAGGGAUUCUCAAGUUGAAAUAUCCUGCCCCCCCAAAUGAGUGACAUGCAAAAAUUACUGAAGCAGAACAACAGAUCAGCAAGUGGAUAAACUGGACAGUUUUACUAGAUAGUCAUUCAUUUAUCAUAAUUGUUUUCCUGGGAUACAUAUAUUUGCCUUCAUUCAUGUUUUCUUAGAAGUGAACAUCUGAUUAUUCUUUUCCUGUAGUUUUUUUCUUUCAGUGUUCAUAAUAAUAUGUCUGAUAAAAAAAAAAGAGAACUGAAAGGAAAUCAGUAAUUAAAAUAGACUUUAAUGGCAGAAAAUGUUUCCUUGUCAUGAUGCAGAUACCCUAUAACUGAAGUUGCAGAAAAAUCACUAAUUUUCAGUUGUGUCAUUUUGCAUAUAGUCAGGAGUUGCUAAUAAGUAUCCUUUCUGUGUAAUUCCUGUCAUAAAGAAUAAUUUCCUUUUUUGUGCUUCAAAUGGCAAUAAAAAUUAUGAUAUUCUGUUGAA